AUGAUUGAAAAAGCACUCAAUCAACAGCCGUUUGUGAAGCUUAGUAGUGAUUUGAAAGAGGCUAUUGAAUCAACGAAGGCGUCAAAGUGUGAAUAUGUUUCGACAAACUCACAUGAAAGCAGUCAAACAUCGAAAAAUUUUGAAACUCCACGUCAUGAUUUGAAAAUAAUUAUAGCGAAAAAGUCGAGUAGCAAAAGCAAAAACAUUGGCGUUGGCAACAAUAAAUUAAGGUUGAAUAAACCCAACGGCAACAGCAGUAAGGUUCUAAGUGAUUUUGAGCGCUUGCGUGGUGAUGUCGAUAGCGAACGAUUCUCUUCGGCUUCGUCGUUAGAAAUCGUUUCAACGUCGGAAAUGAAGCCGACUUUAAGCAAAAAGAGUGGAACGGUCUCGCAUCAUGAUUUAAAGUUUGAGAAUAAGAGCAAUGUGAAGAAGCAUAAUAAUAGCAACAGCAACAACAAUAAUAGCAGUGCUUCUCAUGAUUAUUAUUACGAUUCUGGCGCGUUGAAUGAAAGAGAAAAAGAGAAAUGUUAUUCUUCGGAGAAGCAGCAAAAGCGCGAGAGUACGAAGCAUGCAAAGAAUAACGAAAAAGUUGAAAAAAUUAAAGCAUCGAAAUCCAACCUCUCUUUAAAUGUUCCGAAAUUGAAGAUUGAAUUGCCGAGUCUCAAAACUACUAUAACUGUACCUAAAACGCCCAACGAUACCUACAGUAUCUCUUCAAAAUCUCCUCACAGUCCGAGAAGCAGUGAAACGCCAUUGAAGAAAGUUCGCUUUGACAUCUCUUCGAAGUCCCCGAGCGAUCCUUGUUUCAACUUCAACAAUGAUGAAUCAAACACAAAUUUCGUAAAUCAAAAGGAAUAUGCAGCAAAAAUUGGCCUCAAACCGGUUGAACGGAAGGUUGAAUCGAUAAUAUUGCAUCGUAAACGCAAAAAAUCGAAGCAUUCUAGAGAAGCUGAACAUUCAAAACGGCCCAAGUUGCACGUUUCUUCAUCACUUGAUGAGAGUCUAAAAUUAAAACUAAAAAUCAUGGGUGGAAAAAGCUGUAAAAAGACGAACGAAGAAGACGCUUCAACGUGUAAUUUAAAAACGAUUCUGUGUAAAACUACCGCUGAUUUACCUUCGACAAACGAGCACGAAGAGAAACAGAAGAACAUUAGAGAAAAGCAAGCUACCGGUGUUACUGGGGAAGACAACAGUGUUGGAAUGGAGAAUCACAAAUAUUCUGUCACCGAACAGAAGAAUAUUAAAUCUGGAUCCGAUCAACCGAUGGUCUUCAUACCUAAAUUGGUAUUGCAAAAAACGCCAAGCACGACCGCAACGGAUGAUAAACUAGUCGCGUCGUCUAACGACAGCACACAAAGAAGAAAAUCAUUCCUGCAUGAGCAGUCAAAGACGAAUACAAAUGAAAGCAUAAAAUCAAAUGUUAAAUCAUUCGAUGCAAUCUCUUCUUCAGAUUGUGUAAAUCCAAAAUUGAUGAAGCCACCAACAGCGAAAAUGGGCUCACCGAAGCAAUCACAAAUUUCGACGACCUUUUCGUUGAGUCCAAUUCGACCUCAUAGCAUUCCCGCAUCGCUUAAACUUUCGCCUAUCUCUCAGUCGCCCCCAUCAACAUCAGUCAAGAGUGACUUAAACAUUCACAAUCAGAAUUUGAAAAGGUCAUUAAGUUUAGGCGCGGAAAAAUCGACUUCUUCUUAUAUGAAUUCUUAUAUGAAAUCAAACAAAAUUUCAUUCCAAAACUCUUCUCAUGACAUGCAACAGUUUUCGAAAGUUCCACCUUUGAUUCCAUCAGCAAACUCAAUGCUGAAAAGCUUUUAUGGAUCAAUGAUCCAGCCAACAAAAACAACUUCAACAACAAAUUCAUCAUCGACAUCAUCGCCAAGCAAAUCGCAAUCACCUCAUCAUUCAUUCAAUAAGUUGCCAAAUAUUAAUGUUAAAGAUCCAAUAAAACUUUUUCCUAACGCUUGUCCUUCGGUUGAAAUUCUUAAAAUACCUCAGAAAACAUUUUCGCCGGCCGGAAAUAUCAAACUUAAUCGACCGAUGCAUUCAACGAUUCCACUUGAAAGGAUCAGAAAAAGUGCACAAAGUUCAGUUUCGCAGAAAAUACUGCCAAAGCCUCAAAUUAAUCAAAGCUUCCAACAAUCACCUCAAUGCAGCAGUCAGACUUUAAACUAUUCAGGAAUUUAUCAAAUGCCCGUAAAUCACGAUAUAAGCUUAGAGAGAUAUACUUUAGAAUUGACACAUGAUAUUGCUAAACUUGAUCAAAGUCUUAGCUUAGAAAAGAAUUUUGAACAUUGGGAAAAACGUAAAUUGGAAGAGUACAGCAAGUUAAAUGAAUUGAAAAAUUUUCCAAUGCCAACAAAAAAUCUUCUUAAUCUACAACAAAACUUAUCUGUACGCAACAUUCCCAAUCCUUCAGCGUUGAUGAUGUCACGCAAUCAGACGAGCGGCUUUAAAAAUGAUUCGACAAAUAACAGUCAAAAAAAUCUUUCCACGCAAAAAGAAACCGUCACAUCAAGCAAUUUGGAAAAUUCAGAUAUCGAAGAGAUUUUAUCAAAGUCCACAAUCGCAAAAGCAAAUGAAAAGCAGAAUUCUGAUUUGUCGCUUCAUAAAUCAUCACAUGUUUCGAAGGUGAAUGAUAAGAAAAGUAUUGAAAAGCUUACAGAAUAUCUUCGAUUGACUGCCGCAAAAUCACGAGAUAACAAACAAGAUGACGAUAAUAAUAACAACAAUAAUAAAAGCAGUUGUGACGAUUCGUCAGCUAAUGGAAGAAAUUACAGCGUAAUGAACAGCAAAUCAGAUAAGUUUAUGAAUGUUUCAGUGCCGUCAGUUGACGUCAUUUGCAUUGAUUCUUAA